UAUGAGAGGUGGAGUAUUAUUUUAUGAGAGAGUGAGAGGAAGUGAUAAUAAAAACAAUUUAUCUGUGUAUGAUAGGAGAGAGAGAGAGAGCAGAUGUUAUGGAAGUGGAGAGCACUACAAGCCACCCUAUGUUUCAAAGCUCAAAGCUGCAGAGUGAAAGAGCCUGGAGAGAGGGAGAGUAGAUCUGCGACAAUGGCGAACUCUCUGCAACGUCUCUUGAAUCCAGCUCGUUGUGUAUAUGGAUCCACUUUGGUUCCAUUAUCUAGACCGUUCUCUUACAGACUCCUUGGUUGAGAUCAAACCAGGGGAGAUCGGGAAGGUCUCUGGCAUCCCCGAAGAACACCUUCGAAGGAGGGUUGUAAUCCUUUUUCCUGCUCGGACUGCCACACAACAGGGUUCAGGAAAAGUUGGAAGCUGGAAGAUCAAUUUUAUGUCAACACAGAAAUGGGAAAAUCCAUUGAUGGGUUGGACAUCCAUAGGGGACCCAUAUGCCAAUGUUGGCGAUGCUGCACUCAGUUUUGACAGUGAAGAAGCUGCCAAAGCAUUUGCUGAGAAACAUGGUUGGGAAUACACGGUUAAGAAGCACCAGACGCCACUGUUGAAGGUUAGGGCUUAUGCAGACAACUUCAGGUGGAAGGGUCCUCCCAAAUCUGCAGAAAACUGAUUUUGGU